GGGAUACCAAAGAGAGAUGGUAUAGAUAUGUAGCCCUGAAGCGUCCUUGAUUUUACCGAGCAGGCAGCCAAAAUGACCGAACCACUUGAAUCCAUUGAUGGCGGAAAGGCCUGGUACUACUGCACCAAACCCAUGGUCCUUGGCGAAGCUCCGAUUUAUCGAGCCAGCGACUCAACACUGCACUGGGUGGACUGUCUGUCCACGCCCCCGGAGCUUUACAUCCUCAAGGUAGACCCGCAAACCGGCGAUGCCAUCGGGGAGGCACGUGUUCUUCCCCUCGAAGAUAGCGUGACUGUUGCAUUUUUCCGCAAAAAUCGACCUGGUAGUUAUAUCGCCGCAUACUACCAAGGCGUGUGCUUCUUGGACGAAGCCACGGGUCGCUUCGAGGUAGUCAAGGAAAUCAUCCCAACCGACCAGCGUGAAGAGCUUCGCUUCAAUGACGGGGGAAUCGACGCAAAGGGCCGGUUCUGGUUGGCCGAGAUCGAUAAGCGAGCGAUGGCAUUUGGACCUAAUCAACUUCCAGCCAACUAUGGAACACCCAGAGGCCGCCUAUGGAGGUACGAUCCAGAUGGCAGUUUGCAUUUGAUGAUUCCAGAGGGAAUUGUUUGCGGGAAUGGGCUCGCGUGGAGUCCAGAUAACAAGACCAUGUACUUCAAUGACUCGGUCGCAAUGAUGGUUUUCGCAUUCGAUUUUGACCUGGAGAGCGGCAAUAUCUCAAACAGACGACUUCUUGUGGACAGACGCUCGUCAUAUGGGGAGCCAGAUGGCAUGGUGGUCGACUCCGAGGGAAAUCUUUGGAUAGCUGUGUUUGCAUCCUAUCGAAUUAUGGUCUUUUCACCGGAAGGCAAGCACCUGAAAGACGUUGUGGUGACGGCCAAGAACCCAGCCUGCACCACUUGGGGGGGAGAAAAUCAUGAUAUCAUCUUCAUAGCCAGCGGAAAAGAUCGUACAGCCAACCCAGAACCUAAUGAUGAGGGCGGACAUAUGUUCAAGUAUCAUCCUCGGGAUACACAUGGGUAUCCAAAGUACGAAUUCGGAGGAUAGUUUAAGUAAAAACGUGAGAUAUAUUUUGCUCUGUCUUGAUGUCUUAUAGCCCACUACAACCGAAGUCGUGAUGAUG